GGGCGGCGCCUCCCCGCGGCCUCCCUCUGCCCGCAGCCCCCAGCCCGGGCCACGGUCACGCGCGCAACCCGCGGGCCGGCUGCCGGCGCCGCUCAGCUGCGAAGUUUCAGGGGAGGGUGGCGACCCGCCCCCUCAGGAUGGUUUUAUUUCCUCAUAAAACACCGAUUAAACUCAGUUCCUGGGCGAGGGCGGCAGGAACUAAGUUUUCGGGGUGCGAUCUGGCUCCGCGGCCCGGACGCUCGCGAGGCCGUGGGUCCUGAAGGCCGGGACUCGGGGGACAGGGCGGCCGACGCGGAGCGAGCGGGGUCCGGGUCUCCCCGGCUGUCCCUCGGGCCGGCGCCGCGCCUGCACGGACCGAAGCCCCGGGAUGGCCACGGAAAACGGUCCGGAGUCCUACAGUUGGACGGUGCAAUGGAGGUGCCGGAACUCGGAUGAAGAAGGCUACCACAGGAUUUCCGCCGAGUUUUAAAAACCGAAAUCUAAUACCCAGUGAUGAAUGAAAGCAAGAACCACAGCCAUCCCCGUGACUGCCCCCCAGCCGUCGCGGUGCAGCCGUGCACGGCCAGGGCGCUGCUCGGCCCGCAGGCUCAGGAGGACUCCCGGCUCUGAGCAGCCGUCCCGGCGCAGCCGGUGCUGCGGUCGCAGGUGCGGCCGCUCCUGCCUGACGGCCAGGCCCUCCCGGCAGCCCCGGUGGCUUCCAUCCUACAGCACCCGCAGGAGUGAGCGGGAGGCGCUUUACCAAGAGGAAAUGUAAAAGCACAGAACAUCCCGAGGACCCCAGGCAGGCCGCUGAGCGAAGAGGAAUCCCGUGUGGGGAUCGAGAACCUUCCUGUCGGGUGGGGCAAGAAUAGGCAUACAGUUGAUGGCUGUAUUUCUCAAUUGAUCUACAAAGUCAGUGCAAUCCUAUCAAAAUUCUAGCUGCCUUUUUCCCCCCAGAAAAGUAUAUGGAAUUGCACAGAACUCAGCCAAAAAUUGAGAGUCCAGAAAUAAAUCCUUAUGCUUAUGGCCACUUGGUUUUCCAUGGAUCGUGAGUCAAAGGAGAAUAGUCUUCUACAAAUGGUGCUAGGACAAAUAUCCACAAGCAAAAUAAUGAAGUUGGACUCCUACCUCACACCAUAUCCAGAAACUAACUCAAAAUGAAUGAAAAACCUAAAUAAACUAUGGUGACACUGAAACCGAAGGAGAGAUUUAUAAUUCCUUAGUUCAGUAUUUUGGUGAUAAUUUGGGGCGAAAAGUGAAAGCGAUGCCCUUAGUUGAAGAAACUUCUUUUCUUGAGGAUUCAUCAGUGACUUUGCCUGUGGUAGUAAUAGGAAAUGGACCCUCAGGGAUCUGCCUUUCUUACAUGUUAUCAGGCUACCGACCAUAUUUAUCAUCAGAAGCAGUACAUCCAAAUACAAUCUUACAGAGUAAAUUACAAGAAGCAAGACAUCUUUCCCUUGUUGAUCAGGACUUAGAAUACUUGUCCGAGGGCCUUGAAGGCCGAUCAUCCAAUCCAGUUGCAGUACUAUUUGACACACUCCUUCAUCCAGAUGCUGACUUUGGGUAUGACUAUCCAUCUGUUUUGCAUUGGAAAUUAGAACAACAUCAUUAUAUCCCUCACUUAGUUCUUGGUAAAGGCCCACCUGGUGGAGCUUGGCAUAAUAUGGAAGGCUCCAUGUUGACAAUCAGCUUUGGAAAUUGGAUGGAGCUCCCUGGACUUAAAUUUAAAGACUGGGUAACUAGCAAACGAAGGAACCCAAAAGGGGAUCGCGUUAUGCCAGAAGAAGUAGCUCGCUACUAUAAACAUUAUGUGAAAGUCAUGGGUCUUCAGAAGAACUUCAGAGAGAACACUUACAUUACCUCUGUGUCCAGACUCUACAGAGACCGGGAGGAGGAUGGUGGUCAGGAUGCAGCUAUCCCGGCACAGCAUUCGCAGAUGGAGAAGUCCAAGUUUAUCAAGAGAAACUGGGAGAUCCGGGGCUAUCAGCGAGUAGCAGAUGGCUCCCAUGUUCCCUUCGGUCUCUUUGCUGAGAAUGUAGUUCUGGCAACGGGAACAUUGGACUCUCCUGCCCGUCUGGAGGUUGAAGGGGAAGAUUUUCCUUUUGUGUUUCAUUCACUGCCUGAAUUUGGAGCGGCUGUAAGCAAAGGAAAGUUGCGUGGCCAAGUGGACCCAGUGUUAAUUGUAGGUUCUGGGCUCACUGCAGCUGAUGCAGUGCUGUGUGCUUACAACAACAACAUCCCUGUGAUUCAUGUAUUUCGCAGACGAGUAACUGAUCCAAGUUUAAUUUUCAAGCAGCUUCCUAAAAAGCUGUAUCCGGAAUACCAUAAGGUCUAUCACAUGAUGUGUACGCAGUCAUAUUCUGCAGACUUGGAUCUUUUAUCUGAUUACACCAGCUUUCCUGAGCACCAUGUGCUUUCCUUUAAGUCGGACAUGAAGUGCAUCCUUCAGAGUGUCUCUGGAUUGAAGAAAAUAUUUAAACUUUCUGCAGCAGUGGUGCUGAUAGGUUCUCAUCCCAAUCUGUCUUUUCUGAAAGAGCACGGCUGUUACCUGGGCCAUGACUCAGGCCACCCGAUCACUUGUAAGGGUAAUCCUGUGGCGAUAGAUCCAUACACCUACGAGUGUGUUCAAGAAGCCCACCUUUUUGCAUUGGGUCCUUUAGUUGGAGAUAAUUUUGUUCGAUUUUUAAAGGGAGGGGCACUGGGUGUUACACACUGUUUAGCAACAAGACAGAAGAAAAAGCACUUAUUUGUUGAAAGAGGAGGAGGGGAUGGGGUAGCUUGAAGCAGGUUUACAAGUAAUUUAUAUGAAUAGUUCACCAUUAAAGAUUUUUAACUUUU